UUUCUCGAGAGGCACCAGCGUUCUCGCGUUUUUUUAGAAUUCUGAAUGAAAAAUCAUUGAUUUUACCUAAUAAUGGGUGCCAUAUAUAAAUUAAGAAGAUUAAAGUAACACUUCAAAUCACAAAUGGCUGCGGAGACGCUGCUAAAAUCGAACAAACAAAUUAAAUAUACAUCGUAUAGAAAUAUCCUGUAUCAUAGGUUUUUCGUUGGUCUUUUAUUGUUUAUUGUGCUAUCUUUAGUGUUUACAGUGUUGUUCAAUGUUUUUACUGGUAGUUCACCGCGGACAGACUUCCAUGAACCAGUGAAUUUAGAUCCAUCAAGUGUUCCAGUGUUGCAACUGAGAAGAGAUUUGCCAAAAUCACAGUCCCGCCUCUCAAACUGCACCUACUGGGAAUGCUUUAAUGUUUACAGGUGUGGGAGAGGUGGGCACGAUAAGAUUACGAUAUAUAUUUACCCAUUGAAGGAUUAUCAGACUGAAAACAGAAGACCUAUAUCACAGUUUUCUAAGGAAUUUUAUAUAAUAUUAGAUACUAUAAGACACAGUAAAUAUUAUACGCCAAAUCCUGAAGAGGCGUGUAUAUUAGUCCCUAGUAUAGAUACACUAAAUCAAAAUAGUUUCUCUAGUGAAUAUGUGGGCAGAGCUUUGCAAGCUUUACAAUAUUGGAACAAUGGAGAGAAUCAUCUCAUAUUCAACAUGUUGCCUGGAAAGGCACCAAACUAUGACUCUGUUGUCACACUUAAUACAGGAAAAGCCAUUAUAGCAGGAGGAGGAUUUGACACCUGGUCUUUUAGAUAUGGAUUUGAUGUGUCAAUACCUGUUUAUAGCCAUAUUGCUGAAAAAAUUGAAAGCUCACAACCCAAACAGAAAAACUACAUGAUAAUUUCAACUCAACUGAAUAUACCUCAGAAUUACUUAGAACAACUCCAAAACAUUGCAUCGUCAUCUAACGAUUUGUUACUGCUUGAUCAAUGCAAAUCAGAAUCUAGUGGAAUUGAUUACACAAAACGUUGUGAGUACACAACAGGUAGAAUAUUUAAUUAUCCUGAGAUAAUGAAAGAAGGAAUGUUUUGUUUGGUUAUAAGAAGUGCAAGACUGACUCAAGCUGUCCUUAUGGACAUUUUAGCAUCGCAAUGCAUUCCAAUAGUUGUUGCAGACUCUGUUGUUAUGCCUUUUAAUUCUCAUGUAGAUUGGAAUAAACUCUCGCUGUCUUUGCCUGAAGAUAAUGUUAAGAAUUUAUUAAAAAUUGUACAUUCAGUAAGUAAUGAAAGAAGAGGAGAAUUAUACUGGCAGUUGAGAUGGGCUUAUGAUAGAUAUUUUGCAAGUAUAGAGAAAAUAACAUUGACAACAUUAGAGAUCAUAAAUGAGAAUUUAUUUCCACUAGCAGCUAGAAUGUAUGAAGACUGGAAUAUGCCAGAACAUUUGUAUGGGCCCGUGAACCCUCUCUUCCUGCCGGUUACGGCAGCCAAGGCGCCGGGCUUCACCGCAGUCAUACUGACGUACGACCGCGUCGACAGCCUGUUCGCGCUUGUCCGCAAGCUGGUGCGGACUCCGAGCCUCGCCAAGAUCCUCGUUGUAUGGAAUAACCAGAGGAAGCAGCCGCCGCCAUCAUCCGAGUGGCCGGUAACCAACAAGCCGUUGAAGAUUAUUCGCACCAAAGAGAAUAAGUUAUCGAAUAGAUUUUUCCCGUACGACGAGAUAGAUACUGAAUGUCAAUUGACCAUAGACGAUGAUAUAAUUAUGCUUACACCAGACGAGUUGGAGUUUGGUUUCGACGUGUGGCGCGAGUUCCCCGACAGAAUAGUGGGGUUUCCGUCCAGGCUGCACGUUUGGGAUAACACCACCAACUCCUGGCGAUACCACAGCGAGUGGACCAACCAAAUAUCUAUGGUGUUGACGGGAGCCGCGUUUCACCACAAGAUCUGGUCGUGGUAUUACACGCACAAGAUGCCCGCUGAGAUCCGACGAUGGGUGGAUGAUAACUUCAACUGCGAAGACAUCGCAAUGAACUUCCUAGUCGCCAACGUCACUAGGAAACCACCGAUCAAGGUGACACCCCGUAAGAAGUUCAAAUGUCCAGAGUGCACCAACACCGAAAUGCUAUCAGCCGACGCGCGCCAUAUGUCUCAACGAUCCGCGUGCGUCGAUCGAUUCGCCAAAAUCUACGGCCACAUGGCUCUAAAACCAGUAGAAUUCAGAGCAGACCCGUUGCAGUACAGAGAAACGAGCUCCGGAAUACCGCACGUUUAUCCGGACAUUGGAGCGCUGUGAGUAAGGUUCAAUUUUGAUUGUCACGACACAUUUUUGGAAGUACAUAAUUGUAUCUGGGCGUUUUUCAGAAAAGUACGAUUAGUUUUAAAUUGCCUUGGUAUACCGUUUCAUUUACUGAGAUUUAAGCCUGUUGGUGUUCAUUUGUAUGAGUUAUAUUGCAUCAUUUUACCUAACCUAAAAAGUGUUGUAAUCUCCUUGAUCAAAAUAACGAGUGAUCCUAAUGGACAAAAGAAACAUCAUACAGUAUCCCAAAAUUCUAUUGUUACAAAAGAAAGUUAUGUCUUGUUAUCUAUGCGAAGGUAAAUAAGGAAUCUGAAAAAUAUGUAAGAUCAUUCCUGUAGAAUCUUACUUGGUUGUCCGAGUCGGCUUAUUGGCUGUUUAUGCUAAACCGAUAAUUUUAUAGGGAAGUUACGGAAAUGUUCAACUUUCUCUAAUGUUAGUUCUUAGGUGUUGACCUAAGAAGAAUCACGUCUUAUGCCUGCACUUGUAUACGUAUUUCCUAUUUGUCAUUUUGACAGCAGGUUGUCCUUGUCAUAUUCUUUAGGUAGUAAAAGAGACUGUUGUCAAGUUUACAAAUAGCAAAUACGAAUAGCCAGGUCAAGUGCUGGCAUUCGUUGAUGUCCAAUUAUGUGUAUGUAGCAAUAGUCCAUCGAUUAAGCGAAUAAAGAAAUUAUUAUUUAUUAUAUUAUCGUGAAAUAAAUAUCAGUAGAACACGCUAGCGAGAUAGGUAAUGUUCUGCUGUUGAAAUGAGCUUUUCCGGAAUAUGUGAGAAAUGUAAUAUUUGUAUACAAAAAUGUGUCCACAUUGUCGAAUUUCGCGAGACUUGAAAGUUAUCUGUUUGUAAUUGAAUUGAUUAUCUCAUAAAAAAAUAUAGAAUUUUCUUUUUAAUAUGUGUUAAGUUUUGACUAUUUCAUAAAAUUAUUAAAUCACUUUCAGAAUUUAAACCAGUCCUGAAAGUCAUUGAAUAAUUUCAAUAUUAUUAAGACGCCUUAAAAUAUUUGACAUUGUGGAUUCAUCUUUCCAGCUCAACUAGACAAAAAUUGAGUAAUUGGUUGAAAUUUCAAUCUAGAUGCUUCAACUCUUAAAAUAAGUUACUCCUGUUCAAGUUAAUUGAACAUAUUGAUAAUUUUUUUUCGAACAUUGUCACAAGUCUGAUUAUCUUAUACUGAUAGCAGCAGGCACAACAAAACACUUGCAUUAUAAACCUUAUUAUUGUGGAUAUAAGGUUCAUAUAAUGUUUUGUCUGCUGUUCACCCAUAAAUUCCUACAAUUCACUUUCUUUUUUAUUUCUUAUCUUUAUAUCGGUAACAUUUUCAACAUCGAAAGUAUUCUAUCUAAAUCUUAUCAAAGUAUAUUGACGAAUGAAAAUAAAUGGAAGGACACAAAAAAAUUUACUUUUAAAAAUAGAACUAUUGUUGUAUAUAUUUUUUAUUAUUAUUUUAGAGUUAUCUCUACAGAUAAUAGUCGUGAAGCUUUUUUUUAAUUAUUAUUAGUUACAUUUUUACAUCUUUUAACAAAGCACUAAGUACAUGACUUUGACCUUUUUAAGUAGGUAAAUGGUGUCUGUUACUGUUUAUUUUUGUUCAUCAGUAACGUAGAUAGCUUAUCUUAUCUAGGCGUAGAUUAUACAACGUAAAUAGAUUUUAAAUGUGUGUGUCAAUUAAACUUUAAGAGGGCACGAGUUUCAUAGCUGUUGGAGGUACGGACAAUAACAAAAGAAUGAAGGCUGUAAGAGAUAUAAAAAUUGGGUAUUAGUCUCAAUACCAGGGUAUGUAGUUGUAAAAUGCCAUUCGAAAUUUAAUUUUUUCGUUAGUGUUUUUUGUUGAUUUUUUUCGGUACAGCGACGGAGGAAAUUUUAUUGGAUUUUUUUUAUAUUUCUAUUCACGAUGUCAUUAUUGAUAAGGUCGAUUGUUUAAAGAUCUCUUAAUAAGAAAGAGGCUACUGCGUAACAUGACAAAACUAAAAUUAAAUUUUAAAGAAUGAAAAAAAAAAGAGACUACCAAAAUCGACACCAAAUUGUAUUGUUUACAUUAUACGACAAAAAUCGAUUGCCAAUUAAUCGGUCAUUUAAUUUCAAAUUCAAAGUACAGGCUAAAGACUUUUCUUUUUUUUUAUUAUUAAUAACUUUGUGCCAUGGAUUUAAUUUGUUAAAAUAACAUGUUUACACUGUGUAAAUUAUUUUAUAUUGAGAUCACAAAAAAACUUUUGACCGUCACUGUACACAUGCGUAAGUACGUUUUUGUACAAUUUUGUACUUUGUACACCUUGAAUCAUACGCAAGGGUGUAUGUUUAAUAUAAUUAUUGUUGUUAUUAGUUGUAAAGAUCGCCCUGCCCUAAUUUUUAAGAUAAUAAUUUGUGUUGUGAGCUUAUUGUAUGCCUUUGGAUAUACAUUUCGUUUUGACAAUUUACAAUGUCAAUAUUUUUUACAUUUCAGACGAGCUUCGAAAUUUUGUAUGGAAAAUGCGAAAUUAUAAUAAAUAGAAUCCAUAUUAAUUGAUAUAAUAAAUUUAGUGGUUCCGCUUCAUGUUUGCGUAAUGUAUGUAAUG